AUGCCAGGAAUUGAUCUUGCAGUAGAGGGUUUAAUGCUGGACACCUCAAGUACUGAGGGCAUCAACGAGCGCACAGAUCUAAUUCCUCAGAAGCACAAGAAGAACGCGGCCGAGUAUGCAGUCGAAGGCGAUCAAGAGAUAGACACGCCGUUUGCGCGAGACACUACCCCCCUCGAAGUCCAAAAGGGCAUUGCAGCAGCCAAGGAAGCCCCCGAGUCGCUUGAAGCAGGGGAUUACACUCCCAAGCGCACAGUUCGUCAAAAGUGCAUAAAGAAUGAAGAAACAUUUGCGCCUCAUCCGACCGACUCCACCAAGAUAAUCGCAACCUUCCGCAUACAAAUUCCCCAUGGCGGUGGCGAAUUUGUGCAAGUCGACGAGAUCCCAGAAACGCGCGUCGCUCCUGCCACCUCUGACAACGCGGUCUCUUGCGUUGUCUACCCCUCCCUCGUCGAAUGCAAAGUCCCACGCAAGAUUCGCGGGUCCAAGAACAGACUCGAAGAGUUUUGGGUGAAGAACAACACUGAAGAGCGUUGGACACGUGGUACUGGCGACAACAUCCAGUUCUUCAAGCCUACAGUCAUUUUCCGUGCCUUCAACGCCAUUACCUACGAGUACGAGUUCGCUUAUGUUGGCGAAAAGAAACUAGAGAAUGUGGACCCUAACAACAAGAUCUGGACGACCUCUUACAACAAGUGGAUCGACCAAAUCAAGCGUCGUCGUGACAGUAUGUACGUUCAGACGUUGCAUCGUACACACUGGACCGUACCUGAGAAGCAAGCGCUGUAUACUGCGAUUAAUGACUUCUGCGAGAUUUUUGGAUUGUUUCGCUUCGGCUUUGGAAAGGGCGCAGAGAUGGUUUUAGAAGAUCUCCAAGGAUUUGCGGAUGAGGUCAACCGCGAGGGACGCAAUAACCGCAACGUAGACUCGAUUCGUGGACAGAUUACUUCCGCGCACGCAGAGAAGAACAAGGAGAUCUAUGAGCUGCUGGAGCGGGCCGACGCGCUGCGUGCGAAGCGAAAUGAGAACCCAAACGUCAAGCUUCCUCUGAUGGAGGAGUUUCCUCAUGAAGUGAUUCCGUUAUCCGCCUUUCCUAGGGAGGCUAGUUCGGCGAAAUCUGAGAAGGACAGGAAGAGCAGGAAAAGUGCUGUAUCGAUCAAGACCUCGAAGAAGCGCAAUGGUGACGCGGCUUUCGGUAGAUAUGAGGUUGCUUCGGAUAGUGACGAAGGUAUUCAGCCGGCUUCAACUCCACUCAAGAACGGCAAGCAGACAUCGACGCGUACCAAGGCAGGCAAUAUCACACAUAAAGCUAGAAAGAAGCGCACACGCACAUCGAUCUCUCGGGAGAGAGGGGAGAAGGAGGAGGAGCCUGGGGAGGGCGAGCUCGCGGAUGAUGUAGAGAAGGAGGAGGCGAAGCCGGAAAUGUCUGGUGAAGACAUUUUAGAAAUCCCUCUCUCCUUACCGUCUCCCCCAAACAAAAAUAUAGUGAAGAAGCGCAAGGGUCUAGCGAUCCCUGAGGAGGAGGGAUUUGCCGAGGGAGGUUGGAGGGACACAAAUGGAAAGGUCAUUGAGAACAAAGGUGGCGAGCGGGAGGACGUGACUCGGCUAAAGAAGAAAGCGCAACCGGGGAAGGCUGCACGGGCAGAGGUCAAGGCCAUUGUCAACAACGAUAGCGGCUCUGACAGGUCUGACGUGCCUAGCUUGACAAUGCCGAUGAGCAGGAGUGGUGAAGAUUACUGA